GUUGCAUAAUAAGGGACUUCCCUUCUGCUGUUCGAAGUUGAUAUACUUUCACUUCAGGUUGAAUUGAUCGUACGUUUUCGGGUAACUACCCAAGGGAAAAUCCUUAAUGUAGGAGUAUUAGAAUAUAAAAGGGCACCAUGACUUUGGGAGUAGUGUUGUUGUCAGACGAUUUCGCUGAGAAGGACAGCGAGCAAGUUGCUCGUGUUUUGGACGAGGAGCAAAGCGUGAAUGUAGAUGUUUGCAUCUUGUUAACUUCAGACACCGUCCCAGAUUUCAUUUCAAACAUGCCCAGAGGCAAGUUCACAGAAAAAGUUAUAGAAAUAUCAGACCAAGACUUUAUUUCUGGGUUUCUUACAGCUAAAAACAAGCUUGACGAAGUUAUGUGUCCAGAAAUUAAGGUUAUCUGCAAGCGUAAGCAAGAGGUAACUUUUCUGUGUCAGGUCAUGUUCACACCAGCAGUGCAGUGGAGCAUUGUGUCGAUCGGUGAAGACAAGAGUUCGAAGAGCGCAACCCUGGAGAACAUUACUCAAAAGGUCAAGGACUAUCUAAGAAAACGGAAGGCUUCAGACGAGGUGAAAAUACUUCGGUCAACCCUGAUACCUGAUGACUUGUUUUAUCAUGGAUUUAGCACAAGAACAGGGGGUCUUUCUUCCAUUCCUGGUAUGAAAUCUUUAAACGUGCUUUAUACGACGGCCAAACGAGACCCACUAGUUUUGAUAGAAGAAAACAGGCGUCGUCUUGCAUCUAAAGCGGGAUUUGACGUAGAGACACUUUAUAUUGCAAAAGCCGUUCAUGGGAAUACGGUUUAUGAAAUAGGAACAGAUCCUCCUGAUGGAGGCUAUGAUGGCGUAAUCAGCAAUAAAUCGAACGUCACAUGCGCAGCCCCUGGCGCAGACUGCGUUAUCAUCCUCUUUGCAGACCCCAUACAACACGUCUUUGCUGCCAUUCAUUCAGGGUGGAAAGGCACAGUAGCAAAGAUCCCAUCAGUGACAGUGAGAAGUAUGCACGGGAAGUUUGGAAGUAAACUAGAAGAUAUAGUAGUUGUAAUGGGGCCAUCAAUUUGCAAGAACUGUUUUGAGUUUGGUAAAGACGACAUCCAACAAUUUGAGAACAUCAACCCUCAAUGUGUCCUUAACAAAGGCUUGGAUAGAAAUCCCACGAUAGAUCUUAAGCUUGCUAUUCGUACUCUGUUAGAGGAAGAAGGUGUUUUGCCGGAACACAUUGAUAACACGACCACUUGCCCAUGUACGGUGGAGAACCCGAAUCAGCUCUUCUCUUAUCGAAGAGACGGGCGGCCAUUCGGAAACCAGAUUGGUUUCAUUGGACUAAGGUCAAACUAAAGAUUUAGUUGAAAUACUGACUAAUGUAACAGUGUCUUUUAGAAUUUUGAAAAAAUAUGCAACACAUUUUUGGUUUUUAUAUUCCAACAGAGAAAGAAUCGUUUUCAUGUUUAUUGUUACAAUGCUGCAAAGUACAUAAUGUAUCAUAAUGUUAUCAUGCAUGUACAUGCACUGACAUAACCUUUGCUAUGUUGUAUUCAGAGACAUAUUUAAAAUAACAUUGUAGAAAAAAUUCAAUGGCUAGAUAAACUUAAAUUUUUGAUAAGUACUAUUAUGAUGAACGUUUUACACAUAUUAUCUUAUACAGUUAUAUUCAGCUGUUUAAAAGACCUUAUGUAGUCGUCAUGAUUCAUAAGUUAAUUAAUGAUUUAUUAAUAAACAUUUCUCCAAAAAAAAUACAAUUUUAUAAAAGUCUUUUAAAUUCCAAUUUGAGUCUUACGGUGGCUUUAAUUUUGCAGUUAAGAUUUUCCACAAUCUUAACUUUUUAACAGGAAAUACACGCAACAGCUUCAUUCAUGAAACUGAGAAAAAACCUAUUCAACAAUUUGAU